AAACUUUGCAGUUCUUGCUAUAUAGUCUGAUAGUAGACUAUAUUGCUGUAUUGCAUUGUAGUAGGCCAGAGCAAGAGAUCGGGUUAUUUCUAUUUGGGACAAGAGAUGAACGGUACUCUUUUUGAUGAAAAAUUCCUUUAUUUAGUUAUUAGCGUUUUGUUCAUUUUCAAUGUGAUACGUGGGUUUAGGAAUUACGGUGACGUCCAGGGUUUUCAGGUGUUAUCAGACAAAUCAUCGUCGUCAUGUCCGUUAAAGGCACCGUAUUAGAAAGUUAUCAGUUUGAUGUUAGAGAUUUCUCUGACAGGCAAAUACAAGUUAUCAAAGCUGCAUGUGCUGCAGGAAAAGGUAACACAGAAUUGAAAAGAAAAUUGCAUUUAUCCAUUGCUCGUCAAGAGCACAACAGAAAAAAGUACGUCAAGAAAGUCGCUCUUGAAAGAAGAAAAGCAUACAUGAAGCCAGUCUAUGAUAAUCUGCGUGAAAAACUGCAUAUUCCCAUAAGAGUAUGGAAUUUUUUUGGCGAUGCUAGGAGAAGAAUUGAUAAUUUCAGCCAGUCGUUACUUCCAAAGUCAUGGUCACUGUAUGGUCAGGACACAAUGGAAUGGCCAGAAAUACAUAUUGAUGAAGAUGCAGGCCAUUCACCUCAUGUACUAGCAGGUAUGCCUGCAAACUGUGUCAAAUUACCUGGAUGGGAACGAGUAAAGCAGGCUUUUUUACCAAGAAUAUAUAUGGAAAUGUAUGAUCCAUACAACCCAACUCACACCUUUAACUGGGAUACCCUAACCUUGAGUACAUUUAUUUUGAGCUGCGUGGUUGGAGUUUUUCAUGGUGCAGAAUAUGCAAACCGUGAUCUUGCUAAAUACAAAGAACAUGAAGGGACUGUAUUCUAUGAAUCCAGAAUGAUGGGCCAACGGGUUCGAGACGCUGUUUAUGCGAGAUCUUUAGCGAAGUACGCAAUACGAUGGGGAUGGAGGUUCGGCCUACUAUAUGCAGUAACAUACGGAAUUAGUCAAUCAAUGACAAUAUACAGACUGGAGGACAAAGUCGGUCACUAUGUUGCAGCUACUGGGAUUGCCACAGCACUGUAUGCAUGGAAAAGUGGGCCAUCUGGAAUGAUGAGAUUUGGUAUCGUAGGAGCCAUUCUUGGAAUUCCACUUGGUAUAUGCUUUGCAACUCUAGGAUUCAAUCCUAGGCCUCUGCAUUACUAUAGUAAGGUAGAACCUUAUGCCACCGGGCCCAUGUCUCAAGAAGGCAUGACGUUACAAGAAAGACUGUUGAGCACAGAGCGGACUUUUGAGACGCUUUUUCUGUUACGAACUUCACAUAGCCCAGAAAUAAACAAUGAAGAAUUUUUUAGAAAAUUUGUAGGAAGUACAUGACAAUGUGAUUGAUUGUUGUUAAUUUUAUUUAAAUUUGAAAAAUAAUAUAAAAGCUUGUCAAUCAA